AUGCUCUUUGUUUUCUUCCCAGCAUUGGCGACAGCUAGCCCGAGACACAAACAAUACAGAACCGACUAUGAGUACAACUCAAAGACAGAUGCCUUCUACAAACUGCAUAUUGCGACCGCAACAGACAAUGAGGCGAAAUCGCGUUGCCAAGAAGAAGGUGCUGAAUUGAUGACUAUCUCUUCCCAAGACGAUGUAGUACAAGUUCAUAAAAUGCUUAAGCAGUUCCCAGAUAUAGGGAACUAUGUGUUGGUCGCAUCCGAUGGGUUGCAACAUGAAUCGGCCGAAGAACCACCACUUAUAUACAUGGAAGAUCCCGAGUGGUCUGAGACAUCAAGGGGACAGUGUAACGUGGUCACUCGAGAAGGAAUAGUAGAGACCUCCAACUGCGUCAAUAAAAAAACAUUUAUGUGCAAAAUUAAAUCAAUCGACGUCAUCUAUGAUCCAAGAUGCAAAGUCUACUCUUCAGGAUACAAAUAUUACAACAACACGGGGAGCUGCUACAAGAUCUCCCAGACCGCAGCGCCGUGGAACAGGGCUUAUUUGGAGUGCCACGCCGUCGGCGCUCACCUUGUCAUCAUCAAUUCUCAGUCUGAGCGUACCCAGCUCUUCAAGGUCAUGAACGCCGCCCCGCGGGUCGCCACCUCUGCUGCCUCCUGGUUCAUCCUAGCUGGUAUUAGAGCAACCGAUGCCAACAAUACCAGAAUUUUCAAGACUAUUUUUAAUCAGACAUUGGAAGAGGCGGGCUUCGCUGAGUGGUCGCCCGGCGAGCCCAACAACGCUUCCGAGUCAGAGAAAUGCGGCAGCAUCUUCUUGAAUGACGCCAAAUACAAUGACGUCGAUUGUUCGCAACAAUUCGCCUACAUGUGUGAAACGGAAAUCUGAAUUAAUCCGGCUUAGUAUUAUUCAUGUAAAAUUCAUACGAGUAUGUUAUCAUCAGGCUG